CUUCCAACUCCAACAUCUCACCUGCGAGAUCUGUCUCUUUAAUUUUCUCCAGCUACCUCAUUAUGCAAUCCACAAUUAACAAGUCAUACAACACCACGCCAAGUUGUAUCACUAGCAUCACAGCAGGAUGACUUCCCUUGAAAGCUCAGAACGUAUCAAAGUCGAGCUGGAAGAUUUCAUCAGCAAUUCCAAAUCUCUAGCGCCAGUUCGACCUGCAAACCAUGAAUACCCAUUGAUCAUACUCUAUGGACAGUCUCACCUGGGAAUUCCUUUACACCACAUCAGAUUACGCGAGAUAGAGGCAGGUCGAGAACCUCCAGAAUUUAAAGCAUGUGAGGUCUUACUCCGUGGGACUGUACGAGGACACGUUCUCUUUCAGAUGACCAUCCAUAACUCCAAUCUGAAAGAUUGUAUCCUCGUCGGUUGUACUAUCUAUGGGGGAAAAAUCGAGACCUCUCAGCUGAAAGACUGUCAUAUUCGGAUGAAAACUAUUGGCGAAUACGACACUUCUCCGACAAUACCACUUCUCUCAUGUUGCGAAAUCGAAGGUGGCAGUGCUCACCAUACUGAAAUAUUCAAUUCGACGACAAAUGGCGUUGAUUCGUCUCGAAGUGUCAUUGAGAGCAGUUUGGCCAUCUACUCUUCCCUUUAUGCAUGCGAACUAAGCAAUUGUGGCAUUUACAAAUCAAAGUUUGGAAAUUGCAAGGUCAUCGAAGGGAUUCAAGAAUCUACUCUAGAAUAUACUUUGGAAUUUCGUCAGCUCCCACCUGAAAUUCGGAAAAUGGUUUUCUCGUACGCGAUCAAGAUGGAUGGGCUUUCGACGGGCUUGAUUGCGGCUCUUCGCCCGGAUCCUCUUCUGUACGCAGAAGUACUUGAGACCUUCUACAAAGAACAUAUCUUUGUCCUCUCAGAUGAGAAUCAGGCAGCUUUUCAAUCUAUGUCUAAAAUAAAACUCCAGCGCGUUACUCAGAUAUGUCUCAAGGACAUGAAUAAUAUUCCUACGAAGGAUGCAUCAGUGUUCUUUCCUAUCGGUACGAAACUGACUAGUAUCGCAAUAGAAUACCAGGGAGUGCCGGUGGAUAUUCAACACUUCCACAAUAUCACCAAGCGUUGGUUUAGAUAUUUCGGGACAGUUGUAGACUUCAAAGUUGUGUGGAAAGAAGGAGAUUUUGGUGGUCUACCAAAUCCACCGAAGGGACUGAAAAUUGCUAUUCAGGCCGCAGAUAUGAGGAUGGGCAUAAAAUCGGUUUUGACAAGAGGAAAGUCACGAGAGGAAAAGCCGAUCGAUACUAGGCAUUCAAAUCUACGGCCUUGUAGGCCUGUUGUGGUUCUGGGACCAGAGUUGGAGACUUUCAUUUGGACAUGGAAGGGUAAUGUGUUGAGAUGGAAUCCCUUGUGAAGUGUUUAUCCAGGCAUACCACUUUACAAAAAGUUCCCAAUAGAACGGAGUUGAGUUCAAAAUCCAGAAAAUCAAAUCAAAGCCAAAGGAGUGAAGUUGUGAAGGAAAAAUCUUCUUCUGAGCCCCGAAUUUUCAAAUCGCCACUCUGUUCAUAGCUGCCCGUUCCCUCGCUGGCGGCAAAUCUCGACAGGGCUUUGCAGCUUCAACACCCGGUGUCAGUCGUCGUUAACUCAGGAGCAUCGGUGUUGCUGAAGUACGGACGCAUAUCAAUAGGGCGUGUACAAACUUGUUGUGCCUGCAGAUCUGUAUUGGUC